CACAUCACAAAGCCACCAGGAAGUAUUUCUCUCCAUGCUGAACGAUUUGCGCAGCGACACACUGAGGUAACGGCGGUACCCUACGAGAAACUACCCAUCCCGAUACCCUCGCCAACCCAGGUCAGUAAAGCGCAGUACAAAAGAAGAUAUGUCGAGUGACGGAGCUGGGGUCUCUGGAGAUACUGGCAGUCACAGUCAGGAACAGGAGGAGGCAUGUUUUCCGGCUUGGUUCCGGAAGUCUGUUCCGGAAAACCGACAACGACAAAAGUUGACCCAGAAGUCACUGAUGAUGCUCGUCCGUUUUAUUGGCGGAAACUGGGAGUUUGUGGCAAUGGAACUCGACAUAACUCCUGCCCAGAUAGAGAAGUUUAAGAAGGCAAAUCCGGGAUCCCCUGACUCGCAAAUGAUGAAUGUAUUCCUGAAAUGGCUGCAGGCGAGAGGAUCCGAAGCUACUCUAGAAGCGUUUGUCCGAGUUCUGUGGAAGUGCAAUAACCUCUGUACAGUGGACUGGGAUGGUAUAGAGAAGAUCCUCAUCAACGGAAACAAUAUGGACUAGACACGCUUUAGGAACCGUGAACAAAUGAAACAGUCAAUGUUUUGUUGUUCACAGGCGUAACUUGUAUGCGAAAGAGGUAUAAUAAGAUAUGAAAACAGUUCUGUUUCAAGUGGUGUUUGAUAAUAAAUUGUCGUCAUUUUUAUA